AUGAGCGGAGAGUCGCCGGCCAAUAAACACGUAAGUAAACCGACGUUGCCUGAGAAGAUCGAUUACGUGUUCAAAGUAGUUGUGAUCGGUGACUCUGCUGUCGGGAAAACGCAGCUCCUUUCACGUUUUACACAGAACGAGUUCUGUUUUAAUUCAAAAUCCACCAUUGGUGUCGAGUUUCAGACACGUACGAUCACUCUUCAGGGCAAACUCGUUAAAGCUCAGAUCUGGGACACCGCCGGUCAAGAAAGAUACAGAGCAGUGACGAGCGCGUAUUAUAGAGGCGCGUUAGGUGCGAUGGUGGUUUACGACAUUACCAAACGCGUCUCAUUCGACCACGUGGCACGUUGGGUUGAGGAUUUACGUGUUCACGCCGACGAUUCCGCCGUGAUUAUGCUCGUCGGAAACAAAGCAGACCUCGCCGCCAAUAACCGGGCCGUUCCCACGGAGGACGCCGUCGAACUCGCCGAGACGCAACGGCUGUUUUUCGCGGAAGUCUCGGCUCUAAGCGGCGGAAACGUUGACGACGCUUUUUUCCGUUUGCUCGAGGAGAUUUUCAGUCGAGUUGUUGUUUCGAGAAAAGCUCUAGAAUCUGACGGUGGAUCCGCCAUGAAGCUUGACGGUUCGAGAAUCGAUGUGAUCUCUGGUUCGGAUCUUGAGAUUAGUAACACGAAAGAACACACUUCGUGUUCGUGUUGA